UGAGUUCUUCUACAUCCUCAUCUUCUUCCAGCUCCUUGUACAUCCCCGGUUUGCCCCCCGCGUCAACCGCAGUCGAGUUGUCCGGCCGAAUUGGAACAUUGUCAAGCAAAGUAACCAAUUUAUUCCUCCAGAAGAGCUAGAUGUCAUCGUUCAGAGGAAAGAGGAAGGACGAGGGUUACGCAUCGGACGAUACGCGGAAGAAGAUUUCAAAGGUUCAGUCAUCCGAUGAAUCCGAUGACGUUGUUGUUUGCGAGAUAUCGAAGAAUAGGAGAGUGUCUGUGAGGAACUGGCAAGGGAAAGUGUGGAUCGAUAUCCGCGAGUUCUAUAUCAAAGAUGGCAAGCAAUUUCCUGGCAAGAAAGGUAUCUCACUCAAUAUGGAACAGUGGAAUGUACUUCGGAAUCAUGUAGAGGAAAUCGACAAGGCACUUGCAGAGUCAUCUUAGAACGGUGGUCCUGUGAUGCUGUUUAUACUACUGAAUGAAGUAGAAGCAUACAGUACUUUUGUUGUAUUUGGUUGCUGGGAACUAAAAUGGAAGUUGGUGGAUGCAUUUCUGUUAUAUAUGGAAUCAUCUCCAGAUUUUGGACCCAAAACUUCCUCAUUUUGUAUAUGACACCCUCUCUUACUUAUGAAAAUAGUGCUACAUCAAUGGGUUAGUGAAAUCUUAUUUGUCUUUGUUCUG